AUGGCGGAGGGGGUGUUGAGCGCCGGCGUCAACCUGGAGGCCUUCGCCCAGGCUAUCGCGGCCAUCCAGGCGCUGCGCUCCAGCGUGACGCGCGUCUUCGACUGCCUGAAGGACGGCCGGCGGAACAAGGAGGCGUUGGAGGGGCGCGAGAAGGGCUUCGUCGCCAGCUUCCAGGAGAGCCUCCUCUCCGUCAGCCGGGACCUGGGUGAACUGGAACGUCUAAGUAACCUUGUAGGCAAGCCGUCUGAGAACCAUCCUCUCCACAAUAGUGGACUGUUGAGUUUAGAUCCUGUGCAGGACAAAACACCACUCUACAGUCAACUGCUUCAGGCCUACAAAUGGUCAAAUAAGUUGCAAUACCAUGCAGGGCUGGCAUCUGGCCUUUUGAAUCAGCAAUCUUUGAAACGGUCUGCCAACCAGAUGGGAGUUUCUGCCAAACGAAGGCCAAAAGCCCAGCCUACCACCUUGGUAUUACCACCUCAGUACGUGGAUGAUGUGAUCAGCCGCAUUGAUAGAAUGUUUCCUGAAAUGUCCAUCCACUUAUCCAGACCAAAUGGGACCUCUGCAAUGCUACUGGUCUCCUUAGGAAAAGUGUUGAAAGUCAUCGUGGUCAUGCGCAGCCUCUUCAUCGACCGGACCAUUGUCAAGGGGUAUCACGAAAACGUCUACACGGAAGACGGCAAGCUUGACAUAUGGUCCAAGUCCAACUAUCAGGUGUUUCAGAAGGUAACCGAUCAUGCGACGACUGCCUUGCUACAUUACCAGUUGCCUCAGAUGCCGGAUGUGGUGGUCAGGUCCUUCAUGACCUGGCUAAGAAGUUACAUAAAGCUAUUCCAGGCUCCGUGCCAGCGCUGCGGAAAGUUUUUGCAAGACGGCCUACCACCCACGUGGCGGGAUUUCCGGACGCUGGAAGCCUUCCACGACACGUGUAGGCAGUAGCGCAAGGGAGAGGCUGAUGGGAUGCCAAGGGCCUGAGGGAUGGUCCACCUUCCUGCUGCCUUUCAAAAUACCUGCAGUCGCAUUUUCUCCUCUACCGAGAUCAGCUUUUGCAUGUCAAAAGGUGCGCUAAAGCAUUUGAUAGUGGGCAAUUCUAACCUGUUCCGUGACAUUGACUUAGUUCAACUAAGCGCAAGGGGGCUAAAAGGGGUGUGAGGCCGCUGUCCAUGACCGCCUUUCGGAAUGCUGGAUUCCGGUACUGAGGUUUUCCGUUGGGAUCAACCAGCAUCAUCGCUUGUCACGAAUCCCAAAUGCCUUUUCGGAGGUUGUGCCGUAUAGGUUUUGUCACCAUAUUACAGUUCAGUCUAGCAGCUAUUUUUGUAUGAAUAAAAGUUGAUCCUCAA